UGCAAACCGGUUGUGUACAAACUACUCCGGGGUAGAGACUUGUUUGAGGAGUGAUCGGAGUCGAGCGAUCCAAACCGGUCUGUUUCACGCCAAUGGAGUCGAAUGCAUUGGUUCGGACGCCAGUCAAGGAAGACCUCGGCUCCACCGGCGAUUGCCCCGCGGGACGGUGAGCCGGUUUCUGCCUGCCCAUCGUAGACAUUAUUCGCUCUUGUGCACAUGUUCUGUUCAACAGGUUUACUCACAGAAUAUUGCGUACGUUUUGGUCUAAUCUUAUGGAUUAUCGCAGAUCAGGAAACUCAAUCGCUCUCCGGAGUGCUAUUUACUUAUCUCUCGCUGAUCUCCCUCAUCUUGCUGAUCUAUUCCAAAAAGGCCCAAAUAUUACGCUAUAGCUCAUUUUGCGACGCUAUCCAGAUAUCCUCUUCAAACAUGUCUCAAUUUUGUGAUUCCUAUUUUACUAUUCUAUUCUCGGAGGUCCUUUCCCUUUCUUUCUCAUUAUAUCACGAUUUGAUUGAAUUGAUCUGGUUGUAUGGCUCAGUUCAUGAGUGUAUUCAUCAAAUAAAGACAAGAAAAGCUCACGCUCUGGAAGUAUUAGCGCCACGUUAUUGCAGAUCCUGGAUACUUCCAAGUUGUUUCCGCACUCUAGCUUCAACCUUGCCUGUAUCCAAGUGUUCCUUCUUUUAAUGUGGAAAAACACGCAGGAGGGCGGUAGCACAUAGAAUGGGCAACCAUCGAUAACCGCUUAGCUGUUAGAUUCAGAAUUAGAAACGUGAAGAACAAG